UUCAACCUUUAAAGUAAUUAUUCAACAAAGUUUUUUCUUCAAAUCGCAAGUCCAUUCUUUAAAAAAACCAACAUACUCAGUGUCUAAAAUACGAAGACGUGAAAAACUACAAUGGAAAUGUUUUGCUGACACGCACGACUGAUAACACAUGUCAACAAAAGUCUAAUCCUUGCAAGCGGCAGUGCGUAGUGUGGAAAGAAUUGGUAAACUUAUUCUUGAACAUCAAUUUGAGUGCUUAUCGUAGUGAUGUUCCGGUGGACAGCACUAGCCAUUUCGCUGGUGAUUUGUGUACAAGCUAAGGACGAUUGGACAGGUCAAUGGUUCCCCAAUGCACCGAAAGCACUUGCCAUGGAGGCAGGUGAAACAGUAAAAACUGUCGACAAUGCGCUACCGGCGGCCGAAGACAAACAAGAAAAACCGUCCCGUGUUGCCAUGGGAAUAGAAAAUCCAGACUGUGAUGAUGCGAAGCACGGUCUGGCGAUAGAUUUCGAUCCGUACAAUGUAACCCACUCCACUGUGUAUAUGUGCCUUGAGCCAAAAGCGGACUACAAAGGCGAUUACAAUAUGGAUGCUGUUAUUACGGAGCACAAUGUACCGCCUGCGUACGUGGCCAAUCAUCGCUGUAUGAACAGCAGCAUAGAAUAUAUGGAAAGGAUUCCCUCUUAUGGAACGCACCGUCCGCUUUGGCCAAAAUAUGGGGAGUAUAAAUAUGUUCCUCCACAGCGAUGGCUGCACAGUAGUGAACACGGUGCAAUAAUUGCUCUCUACCAUCCAUGCGCCAAUAAGCAACAGGUGGAUGAAUUGAAGCGUAUAGUAAAGGCUUGUCUUUACCGUCAUGUGAUAACACCUUCCCAGCUGCCGAGCAAAGACCGUCCGUUUGCACUCGUCACUUGGCACGCAACGCUAGAAUUUUCUGUUCUCGAGCGAACAAUUGUGGAAGCGUUUAUAGAAAAGUACGCACUUAAGGGACCGGAACAGACGCACCGCGAUGGACAAUACGAACACCUGUUACUGGAAGCGGCAAAAGUGGUAUCGACGAUUGAGGACAGUGUGUUGUGCCCGAAGAAACAACGAGACUAAUCUUCUGGUAGCAUUUUAGCUAUGGAAGUUACACAUUCAUUGCUUGCCAUUUGCCAGAUUUUACAAAUCUUUCAAAUCGAUGUACGUUCUAUGUGAUAUCUAUAUUUUAACAUAACGGUGCAAAUGCAGAAACUAAUCUGAAGGGCAGAUCGGGCGAUGAAUACA